UUCCGAACCAAAUACCCACAUUGUCAAGAAUUUUCAUACAAGCCACUGGCCACAACGUGGUUUUGUGGAGUAUAUUUUCAUUUUUAAUUAAACAAUUUUAUACACAUGUUGUUUUUUAAAUAAUAAUAUAGAAAUACAUAUUGUAAUUAUUACUAAUUAAAUCAUGGUUGCUAAUGGCCAAAAAAAGUACAAAACUGGGGAAGGUGCUCAGUUUUUAACGAGGAAAGCUGCUUUGAAAAAAUUGCAGCUAAGUCUUAAUGAUUUUAGAAAACUUUGCAUAAUCAAGGGAAUUUACCCAAGAGAGCCAAGAAAAUGGAAACGUGCAUUAAAAGGAAAAUCAGGCAUAAGGACAUUGUACCACAUUAAGGAUAUACAAUUUUUAAUGCAUGAAGCAAUCAUUUGGAAAUUGAGAGACACCAAAAUAUUCAAUAGAAAAAUGAGUAAAGCUAAAGCCUUGAAAAAUUAUUCUGACAUGAAACGUUAUUUGGAUAAUCGUCCAGUUGUCAAGUUGGAUCACAUUGUCAAAGAACGUUAUCCAACAUUUAUUGAUGCUCUAAGGGACCUAGAUGAUUGUUUGACUUUGUGUUUUUUAUUUAGUUCAUUUCCAUCAAUGCCACAUAUACCAAGAGAUCAAACUGACCUCUGCAAAAGACUUACUGUUGAAUUCUUGAAUGCAGUUAUUGCUGGUAAAUGGUUGAAAAAAGUGUUUGUCAGUAUCAAAGGUUAUUAUUAUCAAGCAGAAAUUAAAGGACAAACCAUCACAUGGAUUGUACCACAUAACUUUUCAUUUGAGCCACAAUCAAAGGCUGAAGUUGACUUUAGAAUAAUGUCAACAUUUGUUGAAUUUUAUGUUUAUAUGCUUGGGUUUGUUAACUACAGACUAUAUCACACACUCAACAUGUAUUAUCCACCUAAAUCAAAUGCCAUUGGUAAUGUUGAAAAGCCAAGAAAUGAUGAUGAAGAUUAUAUUACUGAGACUUCUCUUUUUGAGGGUAAAAAAUUCUUUUUAAAUCGUGAAGUACCACGUGAACCUUUGGUAUUUGUAAUUCGUGCAUUUGGUGGAGAAGUGUCAUGGGAUAAAACAUCAUUUGCUGGAUCAACAUUUGAUGAAAAUAAUGAGACAAUAACACAUCAAAUUGUUGAUAGACCAAGCAUGGAAAAACAAUUUAUUUCACGUUAUUAUGUUCAACCACAAUGGGUAUUUGACUCGAUUAAUAGAGGUGAAUUGUUACCAGUUGAAGAAUAUUUAAUGGGUGCAAUACUUCCACCACAUUUAUCACCAUUUAAAAAUGAACAAUUGAAUGACGUUUACAUGCCACCAGAAGAACGUGCAAUGGUUGAUCCAACUUACAAAUUAGAUGCUGAUGUUGACGAUGAUGAUGAUGAUGAAGAAGAAGAAGAAAAUAUAGAGCAAGAUGAGGAAGAUGCUGAGCUGGAAAAUACCGAAGGUCCAGAAUCAGAUCAAGAUGAUAAUGAUGAAGAGCAAGAAUUAGAUGUAGAAGAACAAAAUAAAUUGGCUAAAAAGAAAACAAUGAAAGUCAAGGCUGGUGAAGUAGUUAAAGAAGUACCAUGGGCUGCUGCUAAAGAAGAUAAACAUGCUUUCAAUCUUCGUGCAAAAUUAAUGAAGCCAAAACAUAAGAAAUUCUACAAGGCUGUUACUGAAGGACGUAAAGAUCGUAAAAAAGAAAUUCAUAUUUUACGUAAAAAGAGAAUGCGUAGUGAUGCUGAAAAAAAAAGUCAACUCAAAAAAGAUAAAAAAAUGAAAACACAAUAAACAAUAAUUUCCAUUGAAAGAAACAGGAUAAAUUAAUUAUUAAUUGUCUUAUCAAAAGCUUUAUAAAAAAAUAUUUUUUUCGAUUUGAAAAAUCUUUUGUCUUUGAAUUUACUGGUGAAUCAAUUGAGUCUGGUUCAUUUAAUAAUUUAUCAAGUCUUUGGAAAAUUGCUAGUAGCAAUAAAUGGUCGAUUGCAUAAAAUAUUUUCCAUUUUGUAUUUAUUAUUUAAAUACAAUUUUAAAAAAUGUAAUUGUAAAAAAUUUAAUUUAAUAAAAAUAUUAAGUUGCUUUUAAUUUA